AUGAUCAACAGAAUUUCACAAAUAUAUGCGGAACGACAAGCAAGAAAGCGACAAUUCCAAAAUGAUAUAUCUCGAGCUAGUGUGUCUAAAGAUUCAAUAUAUCAAAGUACCACGCCAACCAUCCGGGAGAGGACAAUAGUAGAGGUCGCUAAUCAGGAGCCACGUCCGGAUUUUGAGCCAGUGGAAAGACAACGCCACUUUGGAAUCCUCCGCUACAACAUGAAAAACAGAUUUUACAAAGUUAUGCUAAUCGGCUUAAUGAAUGUGAUUUUAAUCGUUAUUUUCUUUCUAUUAAUGUUCUUUUUUGCCUUCAAAAGCAAGUGUAGUGAAGACGAAGGCUCCACUACAGUGUCCCCCACGGAUCAUUAUUUUACAAAAGCUAUAGGCUCUGAACCAUUUAUAUUAACAUGCCCCAAUGGGUACGAUCUGGUCGGGACAAAUUGCUUACAACUCUAUAAUACACCCCUGACAUGGUCGGAUGCGAAGGAUCGAUGUCAUCUCAGUUCUUCUUAUCUAUUGACUAUUAAGACUAAACAGGAAGACAAAGAAUUCCGCGCCUACAUGCAGGAACACCACCAGUACAAUCGCACAUGGUUAGGACUUACAUGUACCAGCUCGAAAUUAACUUCUUGUGAAUGGGAAGAUCAGCCAUUUCCAUAUUCUGCUUUUGCAGACGGAUCUCCAAAUGGUGGAUGUUUGUUCUACAAUGUGACGGAUACAUUGAGUACCCCAUGGGUUGGAGAGGAUUGUGACCAAAAGUUGGUUUCGGUUUGUAUAACUAGUUCAACAACAUUAACCACAUGCAAUAAUCACUUUGGAAACUAUUGUUACAACUAUUACAGUCAGGAAGCAAGUUUUUCGGAAGCCGCGGAUUUCUGUAAACUUCACUGUGGGAAUUUGGUAUCAGUCUUAUCAGAAGAUGAAAAUAAAUUCCUCCUCUCGAUGGAUGAAAUCAAAAGUGACUCAAUUUAUCUUGGAGGAUUACUGGCUACGGAGGACAAAAUAUUGUGGGCGGAUGGGUCUACAAUGUUGUACAAUAAUAUGGUUGAGUAUAACAAACAAGAUUUGUGUCUAAUUAUGAAAAUGGGAAGUAAUGGAGGGAAUUGGACAUCUACAAUUUGUUCCAAAACUUAUUCGUAUGUGUGUAAAGUUUCUGCUCAAAUAAAUUGUAGUAUCUAA